UCCGCAGGCAUGUCCCGGAUGCUGCAUCUCCUGUGGGCUUUACUGGUUCAUUUAUCAGGUAUCCAAGCGGUCCCAGUCCUCAACCAGACACCAAUGUCCGGUCCCGUCUCCGCGGGACAGACCGCCCGCUUAGAGUGCCGGAUGCAGAACGGGAAUAUUGGAAGUUACUACAUGAACUGGUACCGACAGCGUCCCGGGGAGAGACCGGAGUGGGUGAUUAGACACGAUCCACAGGGCGAUGAUGAAAUAUACCGAGGGAAUGGGAUUACAACCCGUUUCCAACCUUCUAGAGACACCUCCAGCAACAGUCACAUCCUGACCAUCGGCAGCUUGGAGCCCCGGGACUCUGCUGUCUAUUACUGUGGGAUGUGGGAUAAUGGAGCUAUCUUCGGUCCAGGAACUAUCCUCGAUAUAAAAAGUAGCGAGUCCCGGAGGCCCUCGGUUCUCCUGCUCCCUCCCUCCGCGGUAGAGACCGGCUCGGGUUCGGCUACUCUGUCCUGCCUGGUGAGCGGCUUCAAACCGGGCUUGGUAGCGCUUCGCUGGAGCGUGGAUAACGUCGAGACGGAGAGCGGGGUGACGACAGGCACCGCGUCACCGGAUACCGACCAGACCUACAGGCUGAGCAGCUACCUGCGGGUGUCCGCUGCUGCCUGGAAAAAAGGUUCCAUUUAUUCCUGCACCGUGAGCCACAGCUCGCUGAGCUCGCCUCUGCGUCACACCAUCUCUUCGUCGGCCUGUUCGCAGUGAGACCGCGCCGGUUGGCAGCACCCGUGAAUUGUUUGCCCUCGCUGGGACUGUGCAGCCGCCUUCUGUAAUGUAAUUGUGUCUUAAUAUCCACUUCUACGAACAAACAAAUUGUUAAUUAUUUCAGAAAUGAGCGCGAUGAUUGUCCGUCUUUUGCGACGCGUAGAAUUGUAUCCAAUGUGCUGAGUCUGAUUUCCGCUACGUGUAGAAUGGGGAGAGCUCCCCAUGACUAU